CCCCGCCUCGCCGCCGCCCGGCCCGACCCGGUACCGGCCCCGGCCCCGGCCCCGGCCCCGGCCAUGGCCGACCCCAAGUACGCCGACCUGCCCGGCAUCGCCAGGAACGAACCGGACGUGUAUGAGACCAGCGACCUGCCCGAGGACGACCAGGCUGAGUUCGACGCGGAGGAGCUCACCAGCACCAGCGUGGAGCACCUCAUCGUCAACCCCAACGCCGCCUACGACAAGUUCAAGGACAAGCGAGUUGGCACCAAGGGUCUGGAUUUCUCCGACCGCAUCAGCAAGACCAAGCGAACCGGCUAUGAGUCCGGGGAGUACGAAAUCCUCGGCGAGGGCCUUGGCACCAAGGAGACGCCCCAGCAGCGGUACCAGCGGCUGCUGCACGAGGUGCAGGAGCUGGCUGGCGAGGUGGAGAGGAUCCAGAGCACGGUGAAGGAGUCGGCGGCGGAGGAGAAGCUGACGCCCGUGGCCUUGGCCAAGCAGGUCGCGGGCCUGAAGCAGCAGCUGGUCUCCAGCCACCUGGAGAAACUGCUGGGCCCCGACGCUGCCAUAAACCUCGCGGACCCCGACGGCGCGCUGGCCAAGCGCCUGCUGCUGCAGCUGGAAGCGGCGAAGAGCAGCAAGGUCGCGCCGGGAAAGAGCCCGGCCAAGGCCCCGGCCGCCGGCGGCAGCACGGUGACGUACGAGCUGCACUCGAGGCCGGAGCAGGAGCGCUUCGUCCAGGCUGCCAAGAUCGCAGAGCUGGAGAAGCGGCUGGCGGAGCUGGAGGCGACGGUGCGGUGCGAGCCCGACAGCCAGAAUCCGCUGGCAGUGGGGCUGAAAGGCGCCAGCCUCAUGGAGACGGUGGAGAUCCUGCAGGCCAAGGUGAGCACCCUGGACGUGGCUGUGCUGGACCAGGUGGAGGCCCGGCUGCAGAGCGUCCUCGGGAAGGUGAACGAAAUCGCCAAGCACAAGGCGGCCGUGGAGGACGCCGACACCCAGAGCAAGGUCCACCAGAUCUACGAGACGGUGCAGCGCUGGGGCCCCAUGGCCAGCACCCUGCCCGACGUGGUGCAGAGACUGGUGGCCCUCAAGGAGCUGCAUGAGCAAGCCAUGCAGUUCGGGCAGCUCCUCACGCACCUGGACACGACGCAGCAGGUCAUGGCUGGUGCCCUCAAGGACAACGCCGCGCUGCUGGCCCAGGUCCAGAAGACCAUGAAGGAAAACCUGGCCGUGGUAGAAGACAACUUUGCUGCCAUCGACGCCCGCGUCAAGCAGCUGGCGAAGUGAGGGCCCCCCCCCCGGGCACCGCUGCUCCCCCCUCGGGCAAACACUACCCCUGGGUACCCCGGCGUACCAGGGCCCCCCGGGGGUCGCACCCCCCGUUCUGCCCCUGCUUGUACAUACCCCAGCUCUGCCCCAGCGCAGUGGGGCGGGGGGCGGAGGGACCCUCCCCCCGACACCCAGCUUUACCCCAUUAAACAGCCCGGCUCGAA